GAUUUCAUUUACCGAGUAGGCAGUUAGUUAGUGUGUGCGUGUUUUCAUUUCUACUUUCUUUCUCACCGAUUUUCAGCAGAACGUGCCUCAUGGCCACCGCACCUUCAUCAUCGUCGCCGCCACCGCCUGUCACCGCCGACACCAGCACCACUCCACCGCCUUCUUCUUCGGUAGUUCCCAAGGCUUCCCCUUCUCCUGUCUCCGCCAUCGAUUUCUUCUCCCUCUGUCACCUGCUCAAGACAAGAAAGAGAACAAGAUGGUUGAGAAGUGACGUUAAGAAUCCAGAAUCUAUGGCUGAUCAUAUGUAUCGAAUGAGUUUGAUGGCGCUGAUUGCACCGGAUGUUCCCGGUCUUGACCGAAACAAGUGCAUAAAAAUGGCCAUUGUUCACGACAUUGCAGAAGCAAUGAUUUUGGACACAACCCCCCUUGAUGAAAUUUCAAAAGAAAUAAAGCAUCAACGAGGAAAAGCGGCAGUUGAUUAUAUGUGCCGAAUACUUGGAGUAGGAGAAGGAUCAAGAGGAAAGGAAAUUACUGAGCUGUGGAUGGACUAUGAAGCAAAUUCUUCUCCAGAAGCGAAAUUUGUCAAGGACCUUGACAAGGUCGAAAUGAUACUUCAAGCGCUGGAUUAUGAAGAAGAUGAGCAAGGGAAUGAUCUGGAUGAAUUUUUCCGCUCGACUGCUGGGAAGUUUCAAACUGAAAUUGGCAAAGCUUGGGCAUCAGAGAUUGUUUCAAGAAGGAACCAUACCUAAAUCGCCUAGGUAUUCUGAUUCAACUCAGAAGUUAAUGAGUUCCCUUGAGAGGAAAGUGGAAAGGGUGAGGGAUUCCUUUAAAAGUUUGUAUCUCAAAUGGCUAUUGUAGCAUGGUGUAGGUAUCUUAACAGUGUACAGAUAACCAAUAUAGCAGGUGUGCAUGAAGCAACAUUUAGAAGAGAUGAUUUAGCUGGAUUAUCUUGUAUUACUAUACUUUGAACCUUGUCUCAUAUUCAUUAGACUUCAUUGAUUUGGGAUGA